CACACAAAGACGAGCGAUGGCCACAAAUUUCACAUCACAAGGAUCGUUCUGCAAUGCUCUCGCUCCUCAAUCUAUGUUUCCAUUCGACCGCUGCAAUGAGUCCCAUAGACUAUCUGAAGUUCCACUUCCAAGUCACCAUCAGACAUCCACCCACCCCCAUGUACUUUGUCUCUCACAUCACAAUAUGAGAGUAAUAUACAUGCUGUAA